ACACACACACAGCACACACACACCGCCGAAGAAUUCACAAGCACACUACACACUUGUCUCUCACUCCCAAAAUCUUGGUGUUUGUUACAUCUCUCUACUUUCUCUCUCUCUCCUCUCUCUCUCUCUCUCUCUAGAGACAAAUCUUGUUCUGAGAGAAAACACACACACACACAGAAAAAUGUUUAUCGAGAGCUUUAAGGUAGAGAGCCCAAACGUGAAGUACACGGAGGACGAUAUUCAGUCAGUGUAUAACUAUGAAACCACAGAGCUUGUUCAUGAAAGCAGAAAUGGCACUUACCAGUGGAUUGUCAAACCCAAGACCGUCAAAUAUGAGUUCAAAACUGACACCCAUGUUCCUAAAUUAGGGGUUAUGCUUGUUGGAUGGGGAGGUAACAAUGGCUCCACCCUUACUGCUGGCGUCAUCGCUAAUCGCGAGGGAAUUUCAUGGGCAACAAAGGACAAAGUGCAGCAAGCAAAUUACUUUGGAUCACUAACUCAAGCUUCCUCCAUUAGAGUUGGAUCCUUCAAUGGUGAAGAGAUCUACGCUCCAUUCAAAAGCUUGCUCCCAAUGGUUAACCCGGACGAUGUCGUUUUCGGGGGAUGGGAUAUCAGUGACAUGAACCUGGCCGAUGCAAUGGGCCGUGCCAAGGUAUUGGACAUCGAUCUGCAGAAGCAGCUCCGACCGUACAUGGAACACAUGGUCCCGCUCCCCGGAAUCUACGAUGCCGAUUUCAUCGCUGCCAAUCAGGGCUCACGCGCCAACAACGUCAUCAAAGGCACCAAGAAGGAACAAGUCCAACAACUCAUCAAAGACAUUAGGGAGUUUAAGGAGAAGAACAAGGUGGACAGGAUAGUGGUACUGUGGACCGCCAACACAGAGAGAUACAGCAACGUUGUUGUUGGUCUGAACGACACCAUGGAGAAUCUCAUGGCGUCGGUGGAUAAAAACGAGGCCGAGAUUUCGCCUUCGACUCUGUUCGCAAUUGCUUGUGUUCUCGAGAACAUCCCUUUCAUCAAUGGCAGCCCUCAAAACACUUUUGUACCAGGGCUGAUUGAAAUGGCUAUCCAGAGGAACUGUUUGAUUGGUGGAGAUGACUUCAAGAGUGGUCAAACCAAGAUGAAAUCUGUGCUUGUUGAUUUCCUUGUUGGAGCUGGUAUUAAGCCAACAUCAAUUGUGAGCUACAACCAUUUAGGAAACAACGACGGGAUGAAUUUAUCGGCCCCACAAACUUUCCGAUCAAAGGAGAUUUCGAAGAGCAACGUUGUGGACGACAUGGUUGCUAGUAACGGCAUCCUCUUCGAGCCUGGGGAGCACCCCGAUCACGUUGUUGUUAUCAAGUAUGUGCCGUAUGUGGGAGAUAGCAAACGGGCGAUGGACGAGUACACGUCGGAGAUAUUUAUGGGAGGGAAGAGCACUAUAGUGUUGCACAAUACGUGCGAAGAUUCUCUUCUCGCAGCUCCGAUUAUUCUCGAUUUGGUCCUCCUCGCCGAGCUCAGCACUCGCAUUCAGCUCAAAGCUGAAGGAGAGGGUAAAUUCCACACCUUCCAUCCUGUGGCCACUAUCCUUAGCUAUUUAACCAAAGCCCCUUUGGUGCCACCUGGCACGCCGGUGGUGAACGCGCUUUCGAAGCAGAGGGCGAUGCUGGAGAAUAUAAUGAGGGCUUGUGUUGGAUUAGCACCAGAAAACAACAUGAUUUUGGAGUACAAGUGAAGGCAAUAUAAAAUCUGACCUGUUUAAUUUUCUUGCUCUUUUUUUUUAAAAAAAAUUAUUAUUAUUAAAUGGAAUUUCUAGUAUUAUGUGAUAUGGAUAAGUGUUGGCGAUGUAAUAUUUGUGGUCGGAAUUUUCGUUUCGGUUUUUUUUUUCUUUUUUUUUUUCCCGCCGUUUUUAGUUUCUUGUAGCGACGACAAGUUUUAUCGGAAAUAUAUGGAAAAAAAUAUUGUUGGUUAA